UGCUAUCCUGUUUCGCGGUACUGCAGCAUUCGGCUUUCUCUUCUUGGUUAUAACUGUACCCACCCCUGCUGACAUGAUGUUCAAUCGUCGUUUCUGGGCAGAUCGCAGCUUUUAGGCGCUUUUUGUUCAAAUCUUUAAUCGUUAAUUACUGGAAAACAAAGCCGCAAACGCUAUUUCGUCGUAUUUGAUUUUCGUCUUAUUUUGAUCCUUAGCAUCACCCCUUAAAAAAUCUCCCAUCUGUUGUCAAACACCCUGUAUAGUCACUGGUCAGAGCAUACAGUACCAAAAACGAACAGCACACUGUUGGAAAUAAUAGUCGCACUGAUUGUGAGAGGGAAAAAAUUUGACGAAAUUAAUUCUUAAAACUGAGUUACACGAUGUAAACUGAUCGAAGUUUCGCAUCCUGUCACUAUUAAGCACUCGAUACAACUGCUCGGACGUAAGUCGAAAAUCGAAAACUUAUUUAGUCUGAUGAAAGGAGCACGAAUAGCAAAAUAUCUCAUUACAUUAUUAGAUCAACUAUACCUAGAACAUAUCCUGCAAAACACACAACAGCCUUUUCUUUUGUGCUCCUCAGAAACGACACUUGUUAGACUGAGUUAUCUUGGAAGAACAUGUAUUUCAGCAAAAGCAGUUAGGCAAAGGGAUAAUCCUUUAUUCCCCAUGGGAAAAUAUAUCAAUGACAGAAAAAACCGGAUGUCCGCAAUUGGAUUUUCAUCUUUUGAAUACCGCGGAAGCACGCAGCUGGCGAGGGAACGAAAGGGUGCUCGAUAACAGGUAAUUGAGCGAUUGCGAAUGAAUAAAGUAUGAGCCGAAAAGCUUGGUGCCGUGACAGUAUGAGAACAAUAAGAGCAAUAGACUGUUCCUCGAUCUCCUCGAGAACAUUACAAGAUGAAGACGUCGAAACACAAGGAUUUCGCUUACGCGAUGACCCCGUUGAAGAUCCUAUCGUGGCCCGUGGGCACUUGGCCUCUUCAGGACUACAACGUGUUCUCCUUCGUGCGUUUCUUUUGUACAAUCUUCUUUCUGGUACGUGUUUCUACAUUUAUCAAGCCAAUUCUAAAUUCUACCCCAAACAGUGUGAAUACUUUGCAGCUGUUAACGCUGAUCAUCGUAUACGCGGAGGUAUAUUUGGAUCAUACCGACGCCGACGAGAAUAUGUAUGCUUUAAUGUUAAUUAUUUGUGGCAUCCUAGCACUGUCGAAAGUGACGUAUUUCCGCAUUCAUUCUACAAGAUUAAUUUUCAACUUCGUCUCGGCCGUGAAGGAUUACAACGAGCAGAACGAUGAAAAGAAACGAAGAAUCAUGCGACACCACGCUUACAUGAGCAGAGUAACGUUUAUCAGUCUGAUGCUUGCUGCUAAUGUCUGCUCGUUGAUCCUCAGUGCUCUUCCUGUGCUAUCCAGAGACGAGGAUACGAUUAAUAUGACUUUAGCAGAUACAUUAAAAUAUCCUCUACCUUCAGAGAACAUUUUAACGCUGUUACAAUUGCCAGAAUAUCUGUACCUGCCAGUUUUCCUUACCGAGUACAUAAUCUUGUUGGUCAUCAGCGCGGGUAAUCUUGGCAGCGAUUUAUUGUUUUUUGGUAUCGUCUUUCAUCUGUGUGGUCAAGCGGAGAUAUUGAAAAUGGAGUUUAACAAGAUCCUCGAUGAGAAUAGUAAAACUACGAAGCAAUUUCAUUCGUUAAUCAAAAGGCACGGUUACUUGUUAAAUCUGAGCGAGAUGUUGAACGAAACGAUCAGCUCAAUUUUGAUCGUACAACUAUUAUCCAGUAUCAUACUUAUUUGUGCGUGUGAAUUUCAGUUUAUUCUCGCGCUGCAGGAAAAGAAUAUCGUGAUGGUGACGAGAUCAACUACCACAAUGAGUAUCUUAAUGAUACAAUUAUUCGCGUACAGUUACGUGAGUAAUUACUUGCAGUACCAAAUGAACGGGGUUGGAUACUCUUCGUACUGCUGCAGCUGGUACAACCUUCCCAGAAAUGCGGCAAAGGAUAUUGUUUUUGUGAUACUAAAAGCUCAGAAUCCGGUUCAUCUGAAGGCUGGGAACUUCGUAGCCGUCAAUCUGGAGACUUUCACGAGUAUUCUAAAAGCUUCGAUGUCCUGUCUCUCGGUACUUCGCAUAAUAAAAGAAGACAAUUUAAACAACAGAUACUUUCUUGAUCUGUUGCAGCAUUUUGCAAAAAUGAAGACAACGAAGAACGAGGACUAUACUUACGCGAUGAAACCGCUAAAAAUUCUAUCAUGGACUAUGGGCGUUUGGCCUCUGGAAGUUUACAAUGCUUUUACGUUUAUACGUUUCAUCUUUGCAAUCGGGAUUUUGUUAUUAAUGAUCCUGAUUCUGAGCGUAGAAGUGUAUUUAGACGGGAGCGAUGCCGAGGCGAAUUUGGAUAUUUUAUUGCUGACCAGCUGUGGUUUCUUAGCGAUAUCGAAAAUAGCGUGUUUCCGAAUAUACUGGGCAGAAUUGUUCUUUAAUUUCACCUCGGCUCAGAAGGAUUACGACGAGCUCGACGACGAAGAGAAACGAACGAUCGUGCGACGACACGCUUACUUGGGCAGAGUAGCCUUAGCUUCUUUAAUAUUAUCUUCGAAUUUCGGGGCAACUUUCAUCACCAUUUUACCCAUCAUACUGAAAACCGAGGAGGAAAGAAACGUGACUACGGAAGAGACAGUAAAAUACCCUAUUCCUUCGGCACAUGUUAUAGAACUAGUCAAGUUUCCAAAGAAUCUGCAAAUGAUCACUUUCAUUACGGAAUACAUGAUGUUGGUGAUGACCAGCAUGGGAAACCUUGGCAGCGAUGGAUUUUUCUUUGGUAUCGUGUUUCACCUGUGCGGUCAAGCGGAGGUGUUGAAAAUGGAAUUUAGCAGAAUCGUUGAUGAAAACGGAAAAACUGUGGAGAAUUUUCACCUGUUACUAAAGAGGCACAUCUAUUUAUUGAAACUGGGAGAGAUGCUAAGCGACACUAUCAGCGUGGUCUUGGCCAUACAACUGUCAACUAGUUGCAUACUUAUUUGCACAUGCGGAUUUCAGUUUCUACUCGCUUUACAAGCUGAAAAUAUCAUAUUGUCAGCGAAAACAUUAUUCGUGUUAAACGCCUUGAUGGUACAACUGUUCGCAUUUAGUUACGUGGGUGAUUACUUGAAGUGCCAAAUGGAUAGUAUCGGAUACGCUUUGUACAAGUGCGACUGGUACAUGCUUCCAUCGAACGUAGCUAAGAAUAUUACAUUCGUGAUCCUAAAAGCUCAGAAACCAGUGCAUCUGAAGGCCGGAAAGUUCUUCAUCGUCAAUCUGGAGGGUUUCAUGAGCAUUCUAAAGACUUCGAUGUCGUAUUUGUCGGUACUCCGGGUAAUGAUAAACACAUGAUUCUUCUGUGUUAGUUGUCGAGCAUGUGCUUUGGGCACUCGAGGUAAUUCAAUUAAUAGAAGUAUGUACGGUAAUGUAGUGAUUUAUGGAGCUACCAUGUAAAUGUAAUAAAGUAUCACCGCGAAUCGUGGAUUUUCUAAUCUACAAAGCAGUGUUAUGUCGUCACGAAGGCUAUGAAAUUAUAAUAGCGGUAUAAUAAGGCAGGCGUUAAAUAAACACGCGCAAUGCUGCUUCGCAUUUGCGAUGCGUUAUAGUUAAAUCGUUUGCAAACAGCGAUUGCAAGAUUCGCCUUCUCGAAAGCGGCAACAAGAAUAGCACGAUAUUGACCCAGUACCAGGGUCUCCGCGUUUUUGGAUACAUUUCAAAGGUCGAUCACGCGAGACCAGAAAUAUUUGUUCGACGAUGGAUCAAUGGAAAGAGAAAACAAAAAUCGACGUG